CAGGCCGGCCAACUGAAACCGCGGCAGGAGGAAGCCGAAUCAGGAACUGGCCAGGGUCGCCCAGGCCGGGCGUCGUCCCCCGAGGCGUCCUCCGCAGCCCCGGAGCAGCUGCCCCCCGCGCGGGUAACUCCAGCCCUGAGGCUCAGGAGGACGGCACUAUGGGCUUCUCCUCCGAGCUGUGCAGCCCCCAGGGCCACGGGGCAGUCCAGCAGAUGCAGGAGGCCGAGCUGCGGUUGCUAGAGGGCAUGAGGAAGUGGAUGGCCCAGCGGGUCAAGAGUGACCGGGAAUACGCAGGGCUGCUGCACCACAUGUCCCUGCAGGACGGCGGGGGACGAGGCACGGGCCCCUCCAGCCCCAUCAGCCAGUCCUGGGCAGAGAUCGCCAGCCAGACGGAGAGCCUGAGCCGGUUGCUGAGGCAGCACGCGGAGGAUCUGAACUCAGGGCCCCUGAGUAAGCUGGGCCUGCUGAUCCGGGAGCGGCAGCAGCUGCGGAAGAGCUACAGCGAGCAGUGGCAGCAGCUCCAGCAGGAGCUCACCAAGACGCACAACCAGGACAUCGAGAAGCUGAAGAGCCAGUACCGAGCCCUGGCACGGGACAGCGCCCAGGCCAGGCGCAAGUACCAGGAGGCCAGCAAAGACAAAGACCGCGACAAGGCCAAGGACAAGUACGUGCGCAGCCUGUGGAAGCUCUUUGCGCACCACAACCGCUAUGUGCUGGGCGUGCGCGCCGCGCAGCUGCACCACCACCACCACCACCAGCUCAUGCUCCCCGGCCUGCUGCAGUCGCUGCAGGACCUGCACCAGGAGAUGGCCUGCAUCCUGAAGGAGAUCCUGCAGGAGUACCUGGAGGUCAGCAGCCUGGUGCAGGAUGAGGUGGUGGCCGUUCACCUGGAGAUGGCUGCAGCUGUCGCCCGCAUCCAGCCCGAGGCCGAGUACCAAGGCUUCCUGCGACAGUACGGGUCCGCACCUGACGUCCCACCCUGUGUCACCUUUGAUGAGUCAUUGCUGGAGGAGGGUGAACCGCUGGAGCCGGGGGAGCUGCAGCUGAACGAGCUGACUGUGGAGAGUGUGCAGCACACGCUGACCUCGGUGACAGAUGAGCUGGCCGUGGCCACUGAGACAGUGCUCGGCCGGCAGGAGGCCGUCGCUCAGCUGCAGCGCGAGCUCCGGAAUGAGGAGCAGAUCACCCACCCCCGGGAGCGGGUGCAGCUGCUGGCCAAGAAACAGGUGUUGCAUGAGGCGCUGCAGGGGCUGCAGGUGGCCUUGUGCAGCCAGGCCAAGCUGCAGGCCCAGCAAGAGCUGCUGCAGGCCAAGCUGGAGCAGCUGGGCCCCGGCGAGCCGCCGCCCGUGCUACUCCUGCAGGAUGACCGCCACUCCACGUCAUCCUCGGAGCAGGAGCGAGAAGGGGGAAGGACACCCACCUUGGAGAUCCUUAAGAGCCACAUCUCGGGAAUCUUCCGCCCCAAGUUUUCGCUCCCUCCGCCCCUGCAGCUCGUACCGGAGGUGCAGAAGCCCCUGCACGAGCAGCUGUGGUACCAUGGGGCCCUCCCACGGGCAGAGGUGGCUGAGCUGCUGACACACUCCGGGGACUUCCUGGUGCGCGAGAGCCAGGGCAAGCAGGAGUACGUGCUGUCCGUGCUGUGGGACGGCCAGCCCCGCCACUUCAUCAUCCAGUCCGCUGACAACCUGUACCGACUGGAGGGAGACGGCUUUGCCAGCAUCCCCUUGCUCAUCGACCACCUGCUGCGCUCCCAGCAGCCCCUCACCAAGAAGAGCGGCAUCAUCCUGAACAGGGCUGUGCCCAAGGACAAGUGGGUGCUAAACCACGAGGACCUGGUGUUGGGCGAGCAGAUCGGGCGGGGGAACUUUGGCGAAGUGUUCAGCGGACGCCUGCGGGCCGACAACACUCUGGUGGCCGUAAAAUCUUGUCGCGAGACCCUCCCACCUGACAUCAAGGCCAAGUUUCUGCAGGAAGCCAAGAUCCUGAAGCAGUACAGCCACCCCAACAUCGUGCGUCUCAUCGGCGUCUGCACCCAGAAGCAGCCCAUCUACAUCGUCAUGGAGCUCGUGCAGGGGGGCGACUUCCUGACCUUCCUGAGGACGGAGGGGGCCCGCCUGCGGAUGAAGACGCUGCUCCAGAUGGUGGGGGACGCGGCCGCCGGCAUGGAGUACCUGGAGAGCAAGUGCUGCAUCCACCGAGACCUGGCUGCUCGGAACUGCCUGGUGACGGAGAAGAACGUCCUGAAGAUCAGUGACUUCGGGAUGUCCCGGGAGGAAGCCGAUGGGAUCUACGCAGCCUCGGGGGGCCUCAGACAAGUCCCCGUGAAGUGGACGGCACCCGAGGCUCUUAACUACGGCCGCUACUCCUCCGAGAGCGAUGUGUGGAGCUUCGGCAUCUUGCUGUGGGAGACCUUCAGUCUGGGCGCCCCGCCGUACCCCAACCUCAGCAACCAGCAGACCCGGGAGUUUGUGGAGAAGGGUGGCCGCCUGCCCUGUCCCGAGCUGUGCCCCGACGCUGUGUUCAGGCUCAUGGAGCAGUGCUGGGCCUACGAGCCCGGGGAACGGCCCAGCUUCAGCGCCAUCUACCAGGAGCUGCAAAGCAUCCGGAAGCGGCAUCGGUGAGGCCGGGCCCUGCCUCCCAGGCGGGCCGCGUCUAUAGGCAAGCUCGUACCUCCUCCCCGUCCGGGUCACAUUGCCCGGUGGCCCCUCGCAGCCCUGGCCAAGCCGCCGGGGCCCCCGCUGCCGGCGGGCGUGGAGCCAGCUCGCUGGGCUGCGCUCUCCCACUCCUGCCCGGGGCUUCCUCUUCCCACGAAAAUAAUAAAACCACUUGUGCCCACUGAA